GAAACGGCCGGGCCGGGCGGCGAUGGCGGCGCGGGCCGCGCUGCUGCUGCUGCUGCUUCUCAUGGCGGCGGCAGCACCGGGCCCGGCCCAGGGCUCGCAGGGGGAUCGGGAACCGCUGUACCGGGAGUGCCUGAGCCGCUGCGAGCGGCAGAACUGCUCGGGGGCGGCACUGCGGCACUUCCGCGCCCGGCAGCCGCUCUACAUGGGCCUGACAGGCUGGACGUGCCGGGACGAGUGCCAGUACGAGUGCAUGUGGCUGACGGUGCGGCUGUACCAGCAGGGCGGGCACCGCGUGCCGCAGUUCCACGGCAAGUGGCCGUUCUCGCGGUUCCUGUUCGUGCAGGAGCCGGCCUCAGCCUUGGCCUCGCUGCUGAACGGCCUGGCCAGCCUGGUGAUGCUGCUGCGGUACCGGGCAGCCGUGCCCCCCGCAGCGCCCACCUACCCCACCUGCACCGCCUUCGCCUGGGUCUCCUUAAACGCCUGGUUCUGGUCCACCGUGUUCCACACCAGGGACACGGCGCUGACAGAGAAACUGGAUUAUUUCUGUGCUUCGGCCGUCAUCCUGCACUCCGUGUACCUGUGCUGCGUCAGGACGCUGGGGCUGCAGCGCCCAGCCUUAAUCAGCAUCUUCAGAGCCUUCCUCCUCCUCUUCCUCGCCGGCCACAUCUCCUACCUGAGCCUCGUGCGCUUCGACUACGGCUACAACCUGGUGGCCAACGCUGCUGCUGGGAUGCUGACGGUGGCGUGGUGGCUGCGCUGGUGCCUGCGGCAGGGCCGGCGUUUGCCGCACGUGUGGAAAUGCGCGGCCGCGGUGCUGCUGCUGCAGGCGCUGGCGCUGCUCGAGCUGCUCGACUUCCCCCCCCUGGGCUGGGUGCUGGACGCCCACGCGCUCUGGCACAUCGGGACCAUCCCCCUCAACGUGCUCUUCUACAGUUUCCUGAUGGACGACAGCCUCUACCUCCUGAAGGCCAACUCCGACCUCUUCAAAGUGGACUAGAGCUGCUGGGGGGGGUGGGCAGAGCCCCCCGUGCCCCCCCAGGGCUGUGCCCUGCUCUGUGCCAAGCAACCCCCCCUGGCCAAGGCCUCCUGACCCCCCCCGUUUGCCUUCUGAGGUUUGUGGGACCCCCCCCCAGACCCCCCGUGCCCCCCAAUGUGGGCACUGAGGGGUUCAGGAGAGCUGAGAGCCCCCCAAAGCCUCCCCAUGCUGAGCUGGGGGACCCCAAUGAGGUGACAGUGGCUGUUUGGGGACAGGUGGGUGAUUUUGGGGGGCUCUGUGUGCAUGGGGGGGCUCUGGCGGGGGUGGGGGGUGUUGUGUGGGUGCCUUGGGGCUGGGGGUGCCCCCUCCCAGCCCAGAGGGGCUGUGGCCCCCCAUUUCCCCCCUCCCUGGGUGUGUUGUGGGUGUGAAUAAAGCUGAGUUUAAUCUGUGA